GCGGCGCAAGUAUCCACUGAUGUUGCUGUAAUCGAGCAACUGAGGAGACCGUGGAGUAUGUCGUGCUCUGCCACAGCAGCUGUUGCGGCAUGUGAGCUCUGGAGGAUCUUGACGCAGUGCUGUGUUUUAAAUGUCUGUGCUUGUACGUCAGGGCGCCAGUUCGAACACGUGCCUGUGCGACUAUGAGGCCGGGCGGCUUCGUGGGAACGCUGUGUGUGUGAGUGCUGCUACUUGGAGCGGACCCACGCUGCUGCGAGCGCUGCCGCCCCUCGACGUCUCUUUCGUGCGUGGUGGAAAACUGUGACAACAAACAGACAUCGGCAGCACCCACGAUGCUCCCGAGGAGGCCAGUGCCGUUCUACGUCGCGCUAUUUGUGAUUGCAGCACCUUUCUUCACUAUAUUCGUCAUGUUUCAGAAGCCCGACAUGUCCGAGGAGUCGGCACUGGUGCAGCGCGUCGCCGAGCUGCAGGAGCGACUGCGGCACGCCGAGAUGCUGAACCACCAGCGCUGGGAGGACGUUCUGGCGCUGCAGCAGCACCUGGUGCCCCGCAACGGGAGCCUAGGCGACGGCACGCCCCUCGACCUGCAGCUGCCGGCCAUCUACAACUUCUUGCCGCACCUGACCGCGGGACCGGACGCCAUCAGACCCGCUGUCAAGAUCUCCAGGGGACGAAGCGGAGCGACCAUGGUGCUUGGCGUGCCCACUGUUAAGCGGGAGGUUCAAAGCUACCUUAUGUCUACGCUACAAAACCUGAUCAACAACAUGAGCCCCGAGGAGAGACGUAUAUCGCUUAUCGUAGUGUUCGUCGCAGAGACUGACUUAAGCUAUGUCAUGGAGCAAUCCAAAGAAAUCAAACAAGAGCUAAGUGAACAUGUCGAGAGUGGUCUUCUGGAGAUCAUCUCCCCACCAGCAUCCUUCUACCCAGACAUGGACCACCUGCCGGAGACGCUGGGGGACCCGCUAACCCGCGUGAAGUGGAGAACAAAGCAAACGUUGGAUUUUGCGUACCUUAUGAUGUACGCGCAAAGCAGGGGGACAUUUUACGUGCAGCUAGAGGAUGAUAUCCUCACAAAACCUGGAUACAUCACAAAAAUGAAAAAUGCUGCAUACAAUCACAUAGCGAACAAGAGGCAUUGGAUGAUUCUUGACUUCUGCCAGCUAGGAUUUAUUGGGAAACUGUUCAAGUGUGUGGACCUGUCAAAGUUUGUGGCCUUCUUUCUCAUAUUUUACAAUGACAAGCCUGUUGACUGGCUUCUAGAUAACAUGAUUUCUACAAUGGUUUGCCGAAAUGAUCAUGACCCCAAACAAUGUCGGAAGAGAGUAGAUACCGUAUGGAUUCAUUAUAAGCCAUCGCUAUUCCAGCAUGUGGGCAUGCAUUCAUCCUUGAAAGGCAAACUGCAGAAAUUGAAGGACCGCCACUUUGGCAAGCUGGCACUUCACGUCAGCCAUGCGAACCCAACAGCUGUGGUGACCACUUCACUUAAAUCCUACAAGAACUACAACCUUGCUAGAGCAUACCAGGGCGCCACUUUCUUCUGGGCCUUGAUGCCUCAGAAAGGGGACAACAUCACGUUUCGGUUCACACCACCCAUCCGGAUAGAACGGUUUCUGUUCCGUAGUGGAAACCAAGAGCAUCCAGAUGACAAGUUCUACAACACAACAGUUGAAGUGCAGCUUGACUACGAGCCAGUGAUCCUGCCACUUACGAGGACACUGGAUGGAUUCUAUGUAGUUGGAAGGUUCAAAGCCAGCACAGGGAUUGCCGAGGGAAAUUUGCCACCUGAAAUAGGCUGUGUGCGAACCCUGCGACUGAACAUUCAAUAUGACUCAAGUCAUUGGGCCAUUCUGAGCGAGAUAUGGAUCAAACCAGCAAACACCAGUUUCCAAGCUAACCCAACUUCUGUGAAAGUUGUUCAGUGGCAGACAGUUUCAGUGAAAAAAAAUUUGUAGUGCAAAAAACGCUCAGUGAUCAGCUCCUGCCUUCAAGAGCCAUUACCUCAGGAGAGUGCAAUAAUUUUCUACGACAUUUGCAAGCCACACUGCACCGCAACUGUGUGAUUCCCAAGCGUCGCCUUGACACUUGUGCUUGUGAAUGCUGUUCACAUUUCCAAAUGCCUUGCAACUUCAGGUGAACUGUGCGUCUUUCAAAAUGUUUUGUUUGGAAGUGCUAGAACUACAUACAGUGCCUGUGGAACGUCGGCAGAGCUUCACCAUGGACAACUUCAUUAGUUUUCGGAGUGUUUCGAGUACUUCAACUUGAGACAGUAAUUCACUACAAAGUGUGAUAGAUGGUUGUUGCAGUAUGGGUGUUGACUUCGUUAAGUCUUUUAGUUUAUGUGCAAUUUUAUUCAUUGUUUCACUCAACUAGGAACACAUUGUUUAUAUAAUUUUAAGUGAUGCGUGCUUGGAUAUGUCUUGUGAUAACCGCAAGAGCAGCGAAUGGAAGCAUAGGUUUUGAUCAAGAUUAAUGCACAGCCCUAGUAUGACCUUGCUGUUCAAUCAUAGUAUUUUUUUUCAACCCUCAAGUUGCCUUAAUAGGGUAUAGGGCACUUAUUAAGCCGACUGUAAAUAACGAAUUGCUUUGAUAUGAAACUAUAUUAAAUGGUAUUAUUAAAUUAAUAUUAGGUAGUACGUAUCUGAAGCUAUGCCUUUUGCUCGUUGUACUUCUUAAUGGUUUCUUUGAAUUACUAUCCCUAGGUGAAUAAAGUACCUUGAUUUGAUUUGAUUGUAAGUUUAUGUAAAAAACGAGAUGUAAUAUUUUAACAUUUAGCACAAACUAUAGAGUCAGAUAAAGGAAGAGCACUGCUUUUGUUAUCACCUGUAUCUGUAUUGCACUAUGUACUACUUUAUUAGUUUCAUUCUUGGCACACAGAGCUUAUGGAAGUUCACCUACAAGAGAAACUACAAUUGGCAAUGUGCUACUUAUAUUGGAGUGUCACAGCAUACAUCGUAGAAACAGACAUGCAAGCAUCCCGUGAUACUCAUUACAUAUGUUGGUGAAAAUUUUAUAAAGCUUAGAUUCUGCAUGCGAUUUACAUGGCUUUACAUAGUUGCCGUGAGUGAUUCCUGAUAUAUGUAAACAUGCUUUCAUGGACUACAUUUGCCUUUUGUGUGGCAAUGCACGUAAGCAGGGUUAGUGUGUCUAUUCUACACUGUCUGGAAAUGGCAUGGAGAGGGCUGCUGCCGAUUUUUAUGAACACUGUUUACACUUGUACACUAGGCAGCUUUGUGCUUGUGUUUAUUAAUGGAGCACUGAAUGCUUUACUAAGGUUUCCUAGCUUACGUUAUCAGCAUGCAUGGGACAUAACCUGCACUCAUACGAGGCAGGAGCAAUAGCCUGCCAAGUGUUGUUGACUCCGGUUAUAACAAACAGAUUCAGACUUUGUUUCUUUGGUUUUUCAGCAAAGACUCGGUCUUUAGAGCUUAAGCUAGCUUGACCAUAGGUUUCUGGAACUACUCACAUUUAGCAUACAGCAGGUGUUUAAGCUGUACAGUCAAGAAUUUCAUAACCACAGAAAUACAGUGCUGUACUUAAAAUAGAACAGUAUACUAACGAAUCGGCACUAAAUUCACCAUAGCGUUUUAGUGUGUUCAUUGUGAAUGUCAAUAAUAUAUUUCACAACUGAAAACAAACAAGUAUCAGGCACAGUGAAGUGAAGUAUAUGUUUUUUUUAUCACGCUAUAUUUCAUUGAUAAUUCCACAUCCCCAUUUACCUAAGCACAAGGUCCGAUGUGAUUGUGGCUGUUCAGUUGCAAGUGUGUAUCUACUUACAUCAGAAAAUUACGCUCAUUACAAAGGAAUUAGUUAUACUAAGUCGCCAUGCCUGCUCAUAUACAGCCCCACACUUAGUGCCUGUAUUGCAAACUAAGCUCACUGAAGUUGGUGUGGUAGAUUUAAUAUGCAACUUGGAAUUGAAGUUAUUGUAAGUCAUAGCGCUCGAAUUGCAUAGAAGUACACAUUUUUUAGUGCUUCAGAGUUUCCUGCAUAAUCCUUAUUGAUUAUGCAUUUGUGUGAAUGUCGGUGUUGCAACAAAUUUUCAUGAAAUAGUUUGUCCGCUUUUCAGUGUAAAAACUUGUGCCUGCUUUCUGCAUUCUUUUGUUAUCUGUUCCUGUGUGGAUCAUAUCACGAAACAAUGCCUUAGUAAUUAUAGCUGUACAGAGAUUUUUUUUUAAUGGGAGUCAGUAUCGUGCAUAUUGUUGAAAUCUUUAAGGCUGAGAAAAAACUGUCUCUUGCCUCAUCAUAAAAGUAUCAGUUUACUGCUGUUCUUUCACACCUUUUAUGAUCUUCUCUCUAGCCUUGUGCAUUAAAAAAUUAAUCCAAGUUAGUUUAAUUGCAUAAGUUUUCAUAUUCCCAAUGAUAAAUCCUCUAAAUUAUUUUCUCAAAACGUAACUCUUUUUGCCUAUAGGUUUUCUUUUAUUGUAAGGAGGUACGACUUGAGGAGCUAUUGCCUCCUCUUCAGAGCCCCAAGUUUAGCUGAUGUCAGCUGUGUUCAAAAUUUUGCUUGUUUUGAAACAAUAAAGUAUUUUUUUACUGUUGCA